GUGCAAGAUCAUAGGCUAGCUUGUAGUGCACCCAGCAUGAGCUCAUAUGGUUCCUUCUCAGAUUACCCAUUUGCACACUCCACGGAAACAAACAGUAGUUGCUCAUAUUAUUCAUCCCCACUCCUCCCUUACCACACACCAGCAGCUGCACCCAUGGUUCCCAUGGUUGAUGCUCUAGACCAGUUGCUGCCGCUGCCUACGCAGCCACUUGGGCUUAACCUGAGCUUCCAUGGCUUCGGCGGCGGGGGAGUUGCUGGUGAAGAUGCCAAGAACAACACCGCUUCUAACUCCUUUGAUCCUCCUCCGUUGCUCCAACAACCCUCGCCUGCCUCCUCCUACUCGGUCUACUCCUCUCCGCCGGCGACGACGAUGGCGAGCCAGGACGUGGCGUCCGCCACCGUCGAGAACACUUCACCAUCGCUACACCGGGUGCUGGAUGAGGAGGAGAUGGCGGCGAUCUACUCGGUUGGGGAGCGGCACGACAUCGAGUGGAGCGACACACUGAACCUGGCCACGUCGGCGUGGUGGAGCACACUCCUCGACGACGGCGCUGCGGUGGGUCACCAGACAGACUCAGUGGACAUCCCGGGGAUGCAUCUGGGUGAUGUGUACUACGGCGAAGACGUCUCCUUCCCACGCAUGGAGAUAGGAGAGAUGGGGGGAUGGGACGAGGAGUGGCUCUCAUGACAUGUCGUCCACUCUAGUCGAACGACUAGGUCUCCAAAGACAGCUGCAUGCAUGCAUCUGUGCAGACUAGGAUUGAUGAUAUCCGAUGACCAUGUACUGCUACUUUACUGAGUCCAAGUUAUAGUGUGUGUUUUUCAGUCUGAAAUAUAAAACACGUAUUGGUCGUAGCCUGGGGCAUGCCGCAUGCAUGCUAUGCUUGACCAGAGAAGUGUGAGCUGCAGCAUGCAUGCAGCCAUGCAACACCUUAAUUGGGUGGUACGAGGAGAUGGUCAGGUUCAUUGUUUUUACUUUCAGUUGAGAAAUAUUUCAG